UUUUUUUUUUCAUUCAUGAGCAUCCUCAAUGGAUCAUAGCAGAGAUCCCUGCCCCUGGGUCACAGUGAGUGACUUCGGCGGAGCCUUUUGUAUGGGAUCGAUAGGUGGAGCUAUAUGGCAUGGAAUCAAGGGAUUUCGAAAUUCACCUCGUGGCGAGCGACGAAUUGGGGCAAUUACGUCGCUCAAGGCUCGAGCACCCGUACUUGGGGGCAACUUUGGCGUCUGGGGAGGUCUUUAUUCGACAUUUGAUUGUGCUGUAAAAGGCAUUCGGCAAAAGGAAGAUCCAUGGAAUGCAAUCAUUAGUGGCUUCUUUACUGGUGGUGCUCUUGCAGUCCGAGGAGGUGCCAGGGCGAUGCGCAACAAUGCAAUUGGAUGUGCCGUCCUUCUUGCCGUUAUUGAAGGUGUUGGUAUUGCCUUCUCAAGAAUGAUGGCCGAAAAUACGCGUCUCGAGGUCCCCAUACAUCCAUCUGAGAAAGCAGCCGCAAGUUAGUCUUGAUGAGCAAGCCUAAGAACGAUUCCAUCGCCAUACUUAAAUCUGUGUAAAUCCAUCUUCCGCCAGCAGCAACCGCAUUGGAGUUCCGGCGCAUCAUUAUGGAUCUGGGUAAGGUCCUUCCAAACGAUCACGACUCUAUUAAUACAUAUUUAAUGCUAGAGACAUGCUAGACAUCCGGCCAUAUAUUGCCACAACAUAGACAGAAUUAGAAGAUGCAGUACCUAUAAGCUAUCUUGGCGUUGCUUGAAACUACCUCUGGAAUCCCAUCAGGUUUAGCGCAGUCGAUCGUACAUUUCCUCCUUUGCUGCAGCUUGCAAAUAUAAGUAUUGGAC